GGGGCGCUGGCAACCCAGCAGCGGGGUUAGGGUGCACUCGGCGAAGCCGCUCCGCGAAGCUCCUGAGGGGAUGGGGAUGGUGGCGGUCGCCGUCGCUCCCCUCCUUGCCCUCGGGGCGCCGGGAGGCUAAGAAGCCCCGCUGCGGCCGCCUGCGAAGGGACGAGAGAACGGUCAUCUAUACUGGAUUUAGCUCAGUAGGACAUGGAUGAAGAAAAUUAAGUCAGUAUUGGAGCUGUAACUUUAAAAAAAAACCUCUCAUUCACAGUUAUGCUGCCUAUCUAGGUUUCUUUGGAAGAUUCUUCUUUUUCAUCUUUUUACAAAGCUUGAAGCACAAUGACUUCGGGUUUGUGGAGUCAAGAGAAAGCAAGCUCUCCAUAUUGGGAAGAGCGUAUAUUUUAUUUGCUUCUCCAGGAAUGUAGCAUUAUAGACAAGCAGACUCAAAAGCUAUUAAAAAUACCCAAAGGUAGUAUCGGUCAGUUUAUUCAAGACAGGUCUUCCGGUGGGCACAUCAGGAACAACCCUUCAUCCAAAAGCAAGAAGCUACAAAUAGGAAUCAAGAUUUUGGAACAGCCCCAUGUGGUCCUGUACGUCGACGAGAAAGAGAUCGUUGAUAUAGAGGAAAAAAGAGCCGAGCUGCUGUUGGCAAUCACCAAUUGUGAGGAAAGAUACAGUAUAUUUAAAAGCAGAAGCAGGCUACGUAAGGGCCUCCACAUCGAUGUUGGUUCCCCGGUGAAAGUGCAGCUGAGGUCAGGAGAAGAGAAAUACCCUGGAAUUGUUCGCUUUAGAGGACCCUUAAUACAAGAGAGAUCCCUGUCGGGUAUAUUUUUCGGAGUGGAGCUUCUGGAAGAAGGUCGUGGUCAGGGCUUUACUGAUGGACAGUACCAAGGCAAACAGCUGUUCAGAUGUGAUGAGGACUGUGGAGUGUUUGUUGCACUAGACAAACUAGAACUGAUGGACGAUGAUGACAAUGAACUGGAGAAUGACUAUGCAGCUCCAGUUGACUCAAUGCAGGUAGAACUUCCUCCUUUGGAGCUCAACUCCAGGGUUUCUGUGAAGAUAGGGAAGAAUAUAGAGUAUGGGACAGUUAUAUUCUGUGAUGUCAUACCAGGAAACGAGAGUUUAGGAUACGUUGUUGGAGUGGACAUGGACAAUCCAAUUGGAAAUUGGGAUGGAAGAUACAAUGGACAGCAGCUCUGUAGUUUUGCAAGUGUUGAAAGCACACUUCUUUUGCAUAUCAAUGAUGUUAUCCCAGAGGCUGUGUGUCAGGACAGGAGACCUCCCAAACUUGCUUAUACUUCCAGAGGUGGUGGUGACAAAGCUUUUGGUCAUAGCAAGCCAAAGUCUACAGGUGCACUGUCUGAUCCUGGAAACAGAAACAGAACAGAAUUUUUCUACGCUUUAAAUGGCUCCUCAGUUGAUUCUCAAGCACAGCCAAAAUCAAAAAAUACAUGGUAUAUUGAUGAAGUGGCUGAAGAUUCUGCAAAAUCACUCAACGACUCUUCUUCUGGGUUUGGAAAUUCUUCCCCACCGCUGCAGCCUGCCCCGUCGAACAGUUUAUCUUCUGAAAACAGAUUCCAUUCCCUGCCUUUCAGCCUCAACAAGAUGUCAAGCACCACCAACAGUUCUAUAUCACACAGCCCGCUCUCCUUAUCUGUUCAAUCGGUUAUUGGGGAAGGGACCUCUGGGCCAAUCCAGGAGAGUCCACCAGCCCCCAUAGCCCCCAUCAACAUGCAUGGCCUUGAAGCUGGCUCUUUAGCAGAAGUGAAAGAGAACCCUCCCUUCUACGGAGUAAUCCGUUGGAUCGGGCAGCCGCCAGGGGUCAACGAAGUGUUAGCCGGGCUUGAGCUGGAAGAUGAAUGUGCAGGUUGCACCGAUGGGACUUUUAAAGGAACCCGUUACUUUACCUGCGCACCAAAGAAAGCUCUUUUUGUCAAGCUGAAAAGCUGCCGUCCUGACUCCAGAUUUGCUUCAUUGCAGCCGGUGUCCAAUCAGAUUGAACGUUGCAAUUCCUUAGCUUUUGGAGGCUAUCUCAGUGAAGUGGUCGAAGAAAACACUCCUCCAAAAAUGGAAAAAGAAGGAUUAGAAACAAUGAUCGGAAAGAAAAAGGGGAUCCAGGGUCAUUAUAACUCCUGCUACUUAGAUUCCACCUUAUUCUGCCUGUUUGCAUUCAGUUCUGUCCUGGAUACAGUUUUGCUUCGGCCCAAAGAGAAGAAUGAUGUAGAAUAUUACAGCGAAACUCAAGAAUUGCUACGGACAGAGAUCGUAAAUCCUCUUCGAAUAUAUGGAUAUGUGUGUGCCACAAAAGUAAUGAAGCUGAGAAAGAUCCUGGAAAAAGUUGAAGCAGCAUCAGGAUUCACAUCUGAAGAAAAAGAUCCAGAAGAAUUUUUGAAUAUUUUGUUUCAUCAUAUUUUAAGAGUAGAACCACUCUUAAAAAUAAGAUCGGCAGGGCAAAAAGUUCAAGACUGCUAUUUCUAUCAGAUUUUUAUGGACAAGAAUGAGAAAGUUGGAGUGCCUACCAUACAGCAGUUACUGGAAUGGUCUUUCAUCAACAGCAAUUUGAAAUUUGCAGAGGCCCCAUCAUGUCUGAUAAUUCAGAUGCCUCGAUUUGGCAAGGACUUCAAAAUGUUCAACAAAAUUUUCCCUUCUCUGGAAUUGAAUAUCACAGACCUGCUGGAAGACACUCCGAGACAGUGUCGUAUCUGCGGAGGACUUGCAGUGUACGAAUGUCGGGAAUGUUACGAAGAUUCAGACAUUUCCUCUGGUAAAAUCAAGCAGUUUUGCAAAACUUGCAAUACGCAGGUUCAUCUUCACCCCAAAAGGCAGAGUCAUAAAUUCAACCCAGUGUCGCUUCCGAAAGAUUUACCGGACUGGGAUUGGAGGCACAGCUGCAUACCUUGUCAGAAGAUGGAGCUCUUUGCCGUUCUUUGUAUAGAGACAAGCCACUAUGUGGCUUUUGUUAAAUAUGGCAAGGAAGAUUCGUCUUGGCUCUUUUUUGAUAGCAUGGCUGAUCGGGAUGGAGGUCAAAAUGGUUUUAACAUCCCUCAAGUGACUCCCUGCCCAGAAGUUGGCGAGUAUCUGAAAAUGUCCCUCGAUGAAUUGCACUCUCUGGACUCAAGGAGAAUCCAAGGCUGUGCGCGAAGGCUCCUUUGCGAUGCUUACAUGUGCAUGUACCAGAGCCCUACGAUGAGUUUGUACAAGUAGACAUGGAGGAUUCUCGUGAGAAAGGAUAGUGGACCGUGGCCCAAGAAAGCUCAACGGAGCUGUCGGCUUCUCAGCUUGCGCAUCUGUUGCUGGCAAUGGAUGCUUCGAAGGGUAUGGAAAUCAAAGAACUAGAAAGAAGGAGCAGCUAUUUUAACAGAAAGGGGGAAAAUGGAACCAUUCUACAGUGCAGUGUUGUGUUGCUAAAACACUCAAGUGUUUUUGCUCUUGGACAUGUGCGCGUGUGUGUAUGUGUGUGCGUGUGGUUUUUUUUUUUUAAAAUAAAAAAAGUCUAAAUGAAGCGAUUGUAAUGUUUAGGUUGUGUUUCAGAAAAAAAACUGUUUACAUAGACCGAAGAUUACAUCCCCUCUGGAGCCUUCUGCUGAUUCUUCUGAUCCUGCACAGCCUAAAGAACGAGGACUAUAUUUUGGGUGUUGUAUGUUUCCCAGCGUUGUCUCCAUUGUGUCUGUAAGACAAGCCUUAUGACUUUGACAUCAAGGGUUUUUGCUUCUUCUUUUGACCUGGAAUAAGCUCAAUCACGAAUCCCAAAACAUCUCUAGCGCACUGAGUUGAGUGUAUCAAUGCAGAUAUAUCUGAGAUCAGUUCCUUGUCACCCUGGACCAAGAAUGCACAUUGUUUUCUUUGUAGCAAAUGGGUCCCUUCCAGGAAAAGGAAGAGUAAUGAUCCUGCAACCUUGCAGCGGUACUCGGAAUGAGCUCCAGAAGUGGCCUCCCUUGUCAAGAUUGUCCUCCCUUGCACAACUUCCUAAGUCCUGUUCCACGCGUUUGAUGCCAUUUGUAAAGUCAUUUCUGGGAAUGUGUGGGAUGAACCAGUAUGAUGUCUUUCAGUGGAUACGCCCAUCUUCAAAGUUAAUCCUGAAAGGCAUUCCAUUGCUGUCUUCAAGCUUGAUUUCCAUAAUGAAAGAAUCCCGAAAACCUGUUUUUUUUUUUUUUCCUAAAUGAGUUUUGGAAACUUUUCAGCAUGUCUUCUGCAUGCUGCUUGGUCAAUUUUCCCCCCCCAGAAAGUAUCCAAUUAUUUGGAAGGUCUGAGGCUAUUCUCCUUUCCUCCAGUGACGGGGGAAAGACCCUCUGUCAGCUUGCAAUUCAGGGGUGAGAUCAAUUGAUAUCGGUUCAAGAGCUGUCGUAGAGAUCAUUCAAAAAAAAAACCACUCCAUUAUCUUUCUGUGUUCUGUUAGGUAAUAGUUUAUGUGUUCGCAUGCUUUCGCAUCUAGAGGGCAAAUUUGGAUUAUGCAAGCAAUCCAGUCUUCUAAUACGUUUGUUCCACAGUUCUGACCAAGGGAAUAUGAGUCAAGUUUAAUCCCAUCAAAAUAUUCUUUGCUGUUUCGCGAGCAGCAUAGGCUGCCUUUUAUGGUUAUAGCUGAUUCUCCCAAUGGGACUCUUAGGUACUGUAUGUUGAUUGGGUGGAUUUGACAGCGUCUUCAGGUCUAUGACAACCUGCCACGGCCAACUUGCUGCGGAACAACUCGCCAUAGGAUGAGUUACACUAAUAUCGAAGAAAUAGUGGAAUAGAAUCAUUAAAGAAAGGAGGCCAAAGGAGGGACAAAAUGAAAAUAUGGAUGACAACAAUUACAAUAUGUUUCAAAUUAUUUUAAUUGUUGAAUUAUUCCAUGGUGAGUUGGCCAUGGCGAGUUUGCUGCAUCGAGUUGUCCCAUUUCAGUCGGCAUAUACAUUUGGGGUAAAUGUACCCCAUAAACAACCAUAUGUAAUAGUAGCAUGUUUAAGACCUCAGUUGCUAGUUGUUAUUGUGCACUUUUUUUUUUUUUUGUCUCAGGGAAUGCCACGGAAAUGAAAUCUGUUGUCUGUUACAUGGAAGGCGAACACUGUACUUUUUUCAGUUUUGUGCUUUAGAAACUGUACUCCCUCAUUUAUCAUCUCAAAGGGUUAUAUUGAGCCAGCAUGUAGUUAAAUCAUUUGACUUGCUGUUCAAGACAUUACUAGCUUGUUUGAAGUAUCAAUGUUGUAUUGAGCAUUUUUAUGAACUGUAGAUGUAAUAGCUUUUCUGCAGUAUGGAGGAAACCCUGCUAUUGUUGCCUUAGGUACAUUUUGAAGACAGCAGCUGAGGUGAGAAAAAAAGAAAACCAUGAAUGACGUAGAAACGGAUUGUAUGUUAUGAAGUAGAUCUUUAUAUAUAUAUAUA